GUACCGAGCAGGGUUCAGUGGUCGGCGGUGAGAGCGGAAGAGCAGACACACGGAACCUUCUACCUUGUCCACCAUCACAGGUCUUGUACAUUAACACUACUCCAUCAAAAUGCUGCGCGUCGUUCUUGUCGUCUGCCUGGCCGUCUGUGUUCUCAGCCAGCCAUCGCCCCAGGGGGAGAAGAAGGUUGUCCACGACUGUACCAAGUGUAACCCCAACAAGUGUUUGGACGUGUCAUCAUACUGCCGGCCAGGCGACACACUCGUCAAGAAUGAGUGCGGCUGCCUCGUCUGCCCUGAGCUCCAUGGAGACUUGACGCAUCCCCACCACGACCAUUGCAUCAACUCCGGCGACAACCACGAUGUCUUUGGUCACAACCACACAGAACACGACUCGUUCUGCUGUGGUCUUGGACACGAAGGGUAAACCACCACUUAGGAAGACACCUUGGAGGUCCCUAAAGUAAUGAUCUUCCAGGAAAGAACCUUAUUUGGGAACCUCUAGGGAAGAGUUCGAGGACAGGCCCUAGCAGGUAACGAAGAGUAGACCAACCCUUGGAGAGCUCCCAGAAUUAUAUCCUUAUAGAAAAGCUACCCAGGCGAGACUAGCUUAGGUCACUAAGGACAGACCCUAUGUGACGAAGGAUAAACCCGCAGGUCCCGAAGGAUAUACGCCUUGUAGAACCUCCAAAGUAAUAACCAAUCAGGAGAGACCUUCCUAUGGGGACCCCAUGGAGAAGGCUCACAAGAGGGACCCACAGAAAAAGCUAAACAGAAACUUUUCCCCUAGUGAGGAGUCCUUACCUAUUUUCCAGAUUUGUCUUGGGUAUUUACACAGAUAUAGUUUGACGACUACUUGUUAUUUCCAAAUAAAUAAAGAUUUAUAACUUACAUAAGAAACUAGAUUUAGCAGUUGUCAUUAGGAUGAACUUGUGUACGUUAUGUUCUGAAAUAAAUGUUUAACAAAAAAGUUA